AACUCAUUUCAACCAAGCCACUGAUAUAACUGAUCCCAUUAUCUGUUUCACACCAUGACCCAUACCAUUAUCUUGAUUGGACUUCUGAUAGUAGCAUACUUUAGUGGUUCUCAAGCUGAAAAUGGCUUCUUACAGUAGUGGGAAGAGCAUAUUGGUCUUCCUCCCCCUCCACAUUGGUUAAAUGCAAAGGCUUCUCCAUUAAGUCCCCAUCAGGUGAAAGUGUUUCUAAAACUUAUGGAGGAAAAUAAAUUGGCUUCUCACCUGUGUUCAUUUUGUAAGCAAGCAAAUAUUGUUUGUUCUACAAAUGCACCAGUGAAGAAGACAAUGGACAAUACAACCCUACCACCAAUAGCCCAGUGGAAUGCUGCCAAAAUAGAAUAUGACUUUCCAACUGAAACACCGUUGUUGGUUGCUAGCCAAGGUGGAUUGCCAUAUUUUCGAAAAUCAAUGUUGAAAGAGAGAGGUUUCAUGCAUAUCCCUGAUCUAAGGAAUCCAAUGUCAUAUAAAUCAUUCUUGCCAAGAUCUCUAGCAUCAAAAAUACCAUUUUCCUUUGCCCAGAUUGAGGAAUUGAAGAAACUUUUUGGUGUGGUGGAUGAAUCAAACAUUGAAGAAUAUAUUCAAGACACCCUCAAGACUUGUGAGAAAUGCCCCAUUCAAGGCAAGCAAAGCAUCUGUGUUACUUCUGCCGAGGAUCUCAUUGAUUUUGUUAUUGAGAAAUUAGGACACCAUGUACACAUAUGGAAUACUGAGAGUGUUGAAGGAUCCUAUGAGAAUGUCACUAUUGGAGCUGUGAAACUCAUCUAUGGAAACCUAUCUGAACCACCAGCCUUGUGUCAUAGUCAGCCAUUUCCAUUUCAAGUCUAUUAUUGCCAUGUUUUACAGAAAGUGAAAGUAUAUUCAGUUGAUAUACAUGCUAAAAAGAAAGUGAAUCAUGCAAUCAUGGCAUGCCAUUAUGACACAUCUUCUUGGAAUCCAAAUCAUCUUGCUUUUAAGCUUUUGGGUUUUGGCCCAGGCCUAAUUGAAGUCUGUCAUUGGAUGAACGAGAAUGAGAUGGUUUGGACAAAAAUUAUAGGUUGAGAAACAUUUGAAGAUUUGAUAAUCUUCUAGUUCUCUUGUUCGAGUUGCAUGUUACUACUUAUGCUAUAUUGAAGAUUGAUAAUCUUGUAGUUUUCUUGUUAGAGUUGCAUGUUACUACUUAUGCUAUUAGAAGGAUAAAUGGUAACCUUUUCUUCUUUUCAUUUA